AUGUUUUACGCCGGAAUGUGUCAAAACUGCCGCAUCUCUAGUGAAUGCCAUGGAUUUGAGUGCCGAUCCGUGCGAAGACUUUUUUCAGUUCGCUUGUGGCACUUGGAAUAAGAAACAUAUCAUCCCUGAAGACAGAUCCUCUAUAAGCACUUUUGAAGUACUCGCAGAUAAUCUUCAAAUUCUUCUCAAAGAUCUUUUGGAGCAACAGCCAAACAGUUAUGACAACAGUGCUACCAUUAAAGCAAAAAUUUUCUACAAAUCUUGUAUGAAUACAAGAAAGAUUGAGGAU